AUGUCCAAUGAAGACCUUUCGACUGCCAUGCCAUCCAGGAUAACGACUCUCCUACCGCCACUCUUACCUGUCACCGAGCAUGAUCAUGGUGCUUGGGUUAUCACCGUGAGCACCAUUCUGCUUAUCAUUACUAUUCUUGCAACAACAGUGACCUUUAUAUCUCGCAUCCGCGUUUUGCGCAAAGUUUCGUGGAGUGAUUCAACUCUAUUUUUAAGUUGUAUUAUACUUAUUCCCCAGACUGUGUGUGUGAAUUUAGCUAGCUCCCAUGGCAUUGGCAAGCACCGAUAUGCAUUGAGCAAGUCCUCAUUUGAGAAAUACAGCAAGACACUCUUUGCUAGCCAGCUUCUUGCCGUUCUCAUUUUAGGGUGUUCCAAAGCCGCCGUUGCACUUCUCGUCUUAUCUUUGCAACCCUUUGAGAAAAUAACGCUCGCAUGCAAGGCUGUUUUGGGCUUGAUCGGCACAUGGAUCCUGGCUGCACUCAUAGCGCUCGGAAAACAAUGCGAUCAACCGCAACCAUGGAACUUCAGUCCCGAGCGAUGCGUGAACCAAGAAGCUUUAUACAUCGCAUUGGGGGGUACCCACAUAUUAUUAGAUGUGGUAGUCAUUGGGCUGCCAGUGACUCUACUACAUCAAGUUCAAAUAAUACGGUGGAAGCGCCACCAAAUCUCUGCCCUGUUUGCGAUGCGGAUCCUAGUUCCAGCUCUGACCAUUGCUGGUCUGCACUCCCUCCGACCAGUAUAUGCCUCCAAGCCCCUAGACGAAACAUGGAAUGCUCUCAUGCCAGCUAUCUGGCUACAAUUAAUCCUCAGCUCCUCGAUUCUCUGCACAUGCAUCCCAACCCUCAAAAGGGUACUCGCUGAGCUCCAGACAGGCAUGAUGGCCGGCAUCGUCUCAGACUUUUUUGAGCAAUCCGUCUCUGGUCACACCAACUCGGGAGAUCGAUCAGCAUCCAAGUCUGACAAUACCAAUGGGCAAAGAUCAGAACCAGUGUCAGCGUCCCGCUCCCGAAUUCAAACAGACUCGUUCGAUGUUGAGCGCAUGGACAGUCAAAGGAAUCUGCGCGAAAACGCCAUUGUGCGAACGAUCGACUAUGAGGCCUUUUACGAAGGAUCUGGUUCUUCUAGGGCCUCUUCUAUUCAUAACUAUGACAGUAAUGGUCUAAAUACAUAUUCACAUGGCGGAACCUUAAGGCAACAGGCGCUGAACGGUUGA